AUAUGUUUGGAGGAGAGACACAGCGUGAAAGACAGUAAUUCAAUCUUUGAAAUAAGGAAAAUGUGAUCCCGUUAAAAAGACUCGAUGUAAACAAAGUUUUCGUCACUGGAAUAAUCCCGAGCCACCUGUCUCUCUCAAUGACCCCCAACACCAUCAGUACUGCACAACUACAUUUUUUCCAGUAGCUUUUCCCAGCAGCAAGAUGUCUAAGUGUUAUGAUCACCUUCAUUUUGGCGGUGCCAGAAGUUUCUGAUAUAUGGAAUGUUACACCCCGUAGACUUCAGCGCAACAAGGGAUUCACCAAGCUAACUUCAGAGGUCCAUAAAAGGUAGUUAUAAGGCACCAAGGAGGCUGAGGGUGUGGGUUGCAGAAGAUAUGAGUGAAUAGAGGUGUCUAACACAAGUUAUGAGGAGUUGUGCAAGCCUACAAGCCAAGCUAAGUAUAUACAAACUCAGAUGUUUUGUUUUGAUCCACAAAAAAUAUUUUCUUGUAAAUGUAAGUUGUUGUUUUCAACAGAUAUCAUAAAAAUAAGUAACUUAGAAGUACAUAACAGAUGUAUACAACAAUUUUAGGCACUAUUCUCAUGGAAGGCAAUUUACAAGUAGCUAAAUUAUGUGCUUUAUGUUCCUUCAUUUAUAAUUAUUUCUUAUAUGAUAAAACACUUAUGCUAUUGAGGUUUUGUUAAUUUUGUAUACAUAUUAUGUACUACACAUUUCACAUGUUUUACAUAUUCUUUGUGAGGUGGCACAUCUUCCCGUACUGCAAUCAGGUCAGGGGCUGUACCCUUGGCAUGCCUACAGGCAUUUUGGUGGGUAAUGGUCAAUGAGGGGGAAGGGGAAAGGUAUGAAAAGUGUUCUAACAAAGUAUGAAAAGACUCCCAGCCAAAAUAUGGCUACAGUCAUUUUUUUUUUAAAUUGCUGCCGUAGGUAUACAGAGCUGGCACAGCAUGCGCCUACCUGCUGCUGAAAACAUAUGGUGCUGGCAUCCUGGGGCUUAAAAUCUAUUCCAUUAAAGCUUAGCUUUUUUUUCUUUAACAACCAGGUUUACUUAGCAUAUUUCUAUAUUGUAAACAAUGGAUUUUCAUUUGACAACAAAAGUUGACAAAUAACUCUCCUCCGUGAAGACAAUCGCUUCCGUUUAAAAGAGCUACAUCUUCUCUUACCUGUACAUGUUUGGCAAGUGAAGACCAUUUUCUUUUACCCUUUCUCAAGCUCCUUUGCCAACUGUCCUUAGCUGUACCUGAGGACAAUGGAAAAUGUGAAGAAAACUGAAUGCAUGGAAAGUUAUUCUGAAAUUGAAUUGUAUAAUUUUACUGUAACCAUAAUUUCCCAGUUUCCUUCUUUCAUGCAGCUUUCAAAGUAUUCAAUCAGCUGUCUCAAUCUCUUCUCAAAAUCAGGCACAAGUAAAGUAUUAUUUAUAAAUAACAUCUCUGCCAUUAACAUUCACCAGACUCAAACUCUUACCUACCAGUCUGGGAUCCAUCCACCUUGCUUACAACAACAUUCACAGAACCACUAAACAAGCAAGAUGAGAUCACACAUACUGAAAUAGGAAACUAGUUCAUGCCACUCUCCCUUUGAUAAUAAUAAUAAUAACAAUAAUAAUAAUAAUAAUAAUAACAAUAAUAAUAAUAAUAAUAAUAAUAAUAAUAAUAAUAAUAAUAAUAAUAAUAAUAAUCACAUCAUAAUAUUGCAGAUAAUAAUCAUUCAUUGGAGAAAAAAAAAGGAAGAACAAACAAGAAGUAGUGUAAGUAGUGUGUGCUAUGCCCAAGAGUGCACAAAGCAAGCAAAUUCUGAAAAUGGAGAUGAACGAAUCUACUGCUUUUGUGUCCUUUGGCAAAAAGAAUGGCUAUUAUGUUAAAAGAAGUGUGACAAUGCUACUAAUGACCCUGUUUGUAAGCUCACUAGUGGCAACAGGGCUGGAGGUAGUGAAGGAAACUUCUGUCUUCACUUUCCACAUCAUCACCCACAAUGACACAGUCAAGGUGUGUGUGUGUGAUUCACCUAAGAUCGUCUGCUGGUCACCCAGCUAGCUGUUUCCCUAUGGAAAGAGCUCAGAGCUCAUAGUGACCAAUCUUUGGGUAGGACUGAGACCACUGACACACCACACACCGGGACAGCGAGAUCACAACCCCUCGGGUUACAUCCCGUACCUACUUGCUGCUAGGUGAACAGGGGCUACACAUUAAGAGGCUCGCCCAUUUGCCUCGUCGUGCCCGGGAUUCGAACCUGGGGCAUCUUGGUUGUGAGCCGAGUAUGCUAACCACUACUACAUAGGUAGUGUGUGAGUGUGUGUGUGUGUGUGUGUGUGUGUGUGUGUGUGUGUGUGUGUGUGUGUGUGUGUGUGUGUGUGUGUGUGUGUGUGUGUGUGAUGGUACCCGAUGAGGGAAUAAGAUAAAAGGAACAAUGACUAUAUAAAAGAAUAAUAAUAAUAAACACAGUAAGGAGAGUACACGAUUAAGAAUAAGUGUAAAAUUAAUAAUAAACUUGUACAGGUAGUGGAUGCCAAAAAUUGGAAAGGGAAGGCUGUGGGCAUCAUGAAGCUGACAUACAACAACAAGCACGAAUUUUACCAAGACCACCUCCAACAACCACUGGCCAAAGGCCACCAAUAUGUGCUGUCUAUGGAAUUGAGGUUACCUCAAUGACCAGUAGCAUGGUUUCUACAGGGCUUCAUAUAAAGUUGCAAUAGAAAAAGAGAGGUGGCUUGCUGUUACACAGUUCCAGACGACAGAUGCCUGCUGAACCUUUCUGUGCUUUGACAAGCCGGCCAUGAAAGAUAUGUUCCAAGUGUUCCUGGUGAGGGAGACAGACUUAUCCACCAUCUUCAACAUGCCCAAAAUAAACAGCUGCCCAAUAGAGUAUAUGCCAGUUCAGAACAAGAUGAUUUGUGGGACUUCCUGACACAAGCUGCCCACCAGGAUUUGACACUUGCCAAGGAUGUCACUGUCGAGACUGUCAUGGACACCUGGACUCUACAGAUGGGCUAUCCUUUUGUCAAGGUCAUAAAAAGUGCUGAUGGGACAUCAGCCACAGUCACACAGUUCCUGUUGAGGAAAGAUGCCAACUCCACUGACACUCAUGUCUACAGGUGGUGGGUGCCACUCUCCUACACCACACAGGCCACUACUAACUUCAGCAAGACAGCACCCAUCAGGUGGCUCUCAAAGACUGACUCUAAGAUCACGAUCCAGUCCCUUGCAAAUAGUAGGCAGUGGGUGAUAUUUAAUAUACAGGAGACUGGCUACUACAGAGUCAGGUAUGAUGACAGCUGGAAACUGCUGAUCGAGCCAGGUCAGUUAUCAUAUUCCGUCAAUGGAUCUUGCUGCUUAUCUGAUCAGGGAAACUUCAUAUGCACCAUGGGCUACUGCUCUGGAUAACUUAAAAUACAUUCAUAAAUUCUUCUCCCACACUGGAGCUUAUGGAGCUCUUAAGGAUUUCUUGCUCAGUCUGUUUGAGUCACUGUUGGGUUCCAAGACUCUCCAACUGACUUUCAUAAAGAUGCUUAAGUGGGCCUGCAAGCUGGGUCAUGAAGACUGUGUGACCCAAUCUGCUGGACUCUUCAAGCGGUGGAUGAUGAACACAAAGAGUGACAAGUGAAAGCAUAUUGAGAACAGGAGUGAAAUAACUUCCAAGGCACUAUGUGAAUGGUUUUGGUCUUUUAAGGAGUCUAAAGGUUGUUAACAUCAUCUCCCCAAACCUGAAGGAUGUGGUGUAUUGCACUGCCAUAGCUGCAGGCAAGAACAAGGAAUGGGAAUUUGCAUGGAAUCAAUACCUCAACUCAAAUGUUGGCUCUGAAAAGAGCAGAAUACUCAAAGCGCUUGGCUGCUCCAAGAAAAUCUGGAUCCUGUCAAGUACAGGCAGUGGCCUGUUCACUUUACCUUGGCUGACCAAGUUUGGAACUGAUGGCAUGAGCAAGGAAUUACAGCUUGAUGAGGUAAGACAGUACAGAGAUGAUGAUGUCUCUCAGUACGGUGUCUUAAUGACUGUCUCAUAGAUCUCUUGAUAUAAUGUGAUAUAUCUAAUUAAUAUGACCGUUUCUAUCAAGACCUCUCAAUGUUUAUAAACUUCACAAGUCUUCAUCUAUAGUAGCUUCAUCAAAAUAAGAAAUUGUUGCAAAAAAUCCCAAGACUUAGGAAUUAGUGUUUUAUGUUCAUUUGGAGCUCAAAUAGUUCCAGUCAGCCAACCAAGACCAUUUGAGCACUACCAAGCAUGCUGUAGCCCAGGCUAUUGAAUGAACUCAGAACAACAUUGAAUGGAUGAACAAAAAUGGCCCAGUGAUCAUUCAGUGACUAGCAGAUAAUGGUUACUCAUAAAAGCUCAGGAGUGAUUAAGAAUGUGUGUGUGUGUGUGUGUGUGUGUGUGUGUGUGUGUGUGUGUGUGUGUGUGUGUGUGUGUGUGUGUGUGUGUGUGUGUGUGUGUGUGUGUGUGCACAUGCACAUUAUUGAAAUGCGAGGUGUGACAUGUGCCUGUUCUCAUACAACUUUUACUUUCCCUAUAUCUUCAUUUUCUCUAGUAUUCCUAUACACGUCUUUACUGAUACAGAUAUUUUGUUUAUCUCAACAUA